AAACCACGCCUCCCUCACCUACUAGUCCUCUCCUGUUUGGCAUCCCAGAGAUGGUCCAAAGUGAUUCCUCAAGGGAAGAAUAGAGAGCGCAAAAAUCAACCCGAGCAAGGAGCUGCAGAGGAGCGGAUGCAGAGGACUGCCUCUUCUUAAUUGCGCGUAAUCUUCCCGUUUCAUCCAUCUAUCUGAACAAGAGGAGACUUUGCAGGAGUGUUUCAUCUCCUUCCUUUUUUCACUGUGGACUUGUUUGUUGCAACAAAAAAAAAAAAAAAGUGACAUUUUUUGCUUGUGUUUUUGUCAGCUUUGCACCUUGAUCCUGGUGGGACUGUCUCCAACUCGGUGCAACCCUCUCAUCCUCUCAUCCUGCGCUUCUCCUCUUUCAUCGCUGUUCAUCUUCACAGCUGCUCGCUUUUUUAUUCUCGUGGAGGAGUCGCUGACAUGAGGUGCAGCUAACCCUGGAUUGCUGACAGCUUCCCCCUUUUUCCCUUCCACAUGUCGCAUCUUUUUGUUUACUUUGAGAAACACGCGCAACAACUAAACGCCAAGUGAAACAGACCACGCCACUUUUGCUCCUCUGACAGCGCAGAUCAAACAGACGCAAAAGAGGAGGUGGAGGCAGGGAAAUAAGGAGAGGAGGGAGGAUAGAGAGAGAGAGGAGAGGAGAGGAGAGGAAGGAGAGGAGUGAGAGAGAGAUAGCGACAGUGUGAAGGUGCGUUUUUUGAUGUUUGGCAUCCACGAGAGCAUCCAGAGGAGUGGGAGUAGUAUGAAAGAAGAGCCCAUGGUGGCCGGGAUGAACGCGGUUCGGACAUGGAUGCAGGGCGCCGGAGUGCUGGACUCCAACACAGCCGCCCAGAGCGGAGUGGGUCUUGCUCGGGCACACUUCGAGAAGCAGCCGCCCUCCAACCUCCGCAAGUCCAACUUCUUCCACUUCGUCUUGGCUUUAUACGACAGACAGGGUCAGCCGGUGGAAAUAGAGAGAACCACCUACAUCGACUUUGUAGAGAAGGAAAAGGAAACGACGGGGGAAAAGACCAACAAUGGGAUCCAUUAUAGACUUCAGCUCCUCUACAGUAACGGGAUCAGGACAGAGCAGGACCUGUAUGUUCGUCUCAUCGACUCUAUGACUAAACAGGCGAUUAUCUAUGAGGGCCAGGAUAAAAACCCAGAGAUGUGUCGGGUCUUGCUGACCCACGAGAUCAUGUGCAGUCGAUGCUGUGAUAAGAAGAGUUGUGGCAACAGGAACGAGACCCCAUCAGACCCUGUCAUCAUCGACAGGUUCUUCCUCAAGUUCUUCCUGAAGUGUAACCAGAACUGCCUGAAGAACGCAGGGAACCCUCGAGACAUGAGGCGUUUUCAGGUGGUCGUGUCGACUACGGUGAGCGUGGAGGGUCACGUCCUGGCCGUCUCCGACAACAUGUUUGUGCACAACAACUCCAAACACGGGCGCCGAGCUCGAAGACUGGACCCCUCGGAAGGAACACCGUCCUACCUGGAACACGCGACCCCCAGCAUCAAAGCCAUCAGCCCCAGUGAAGGCUGGACCACAGGGGGCGCUACCGUCAUCAUCAUCGGGGACAACUUCUUUGACGGCCUGCAGGUCAUCUUUGGAACCAUGCUGGUCUGGAGUGAGCUGAUCACCCCCCAUGCCAUUCGUGUGCAAACUCCACCCAGACACAUCCCCGGGGUGGUGGAGGUCACGCUGUCCUACAAAUCCAAACAGUUCUGCAAAGGCACACCUGGACGCUUCAUCUACACAGCGCUGAACGAGCCAACCAUAGACUACGGCUUCCAGAGGUUACAGAAGGUCAUCCCCAGACACCCCGGAGACCAAGAGAGAUUACCCAAGGAGGUGAUCUUAAAGAGAGCAGCAGACCUGGUGGAGGCCUUGUACGGGAUGCCUCACAAUAACCAGGAGAUGAUUCUGAAACGAGCAGCGGACAUCGCAGAGGCCCUCUACACAACAGUGCCUCGGGGGCACAACCAGCUAUCCGGCCUUGGCAGCAACUCCGUCCACGCCGGCAUGAUGUCCGUAAACUCCUUCAGCGGGUCAGAGGUGGCACAAACAGCCAAUCAGGGUUUCAAUAGGAAUACAAGCAGUGUGUCCCCUCAUGGUUAUGUCCCCAGCUCAACUCCCCAGCAGAGUGGCUACAGCUCUGUCUCCACUAGCAUGAAUGGCUACGCUAACUCUGGCAUGGCAACCUUGGGCACCUCGCCCAACUUCCUCAAUGGAUCCGCAGGCAACUCGCCCUAUGCUAUCGUCCCGUCAAGCCCCACCAUGGCCUCGUCGACCAGCCUGCCCUCCAACUGCAGCAGCUCCUCCGGCAUCUUCUCCUUCUCCCCCGCCAACAUGGUGUCCGCCGCCGUCAAGCAGAAGAGCGCCUUUGCCCCCGUCGUGCGACCCCAGAACUCCCCUCCGCCCACGUGCACCAGCGGUAAUGGUAACAGCCUGCAAGAUCAGUCUUUUGUGGACUCUAGCAAGUACUCAUCAAACAACUCUCUGCAGGGCCUGGCCUUCUCCUGAACAGCGAUUCCCGGGAUGAUCGUUCCACCCAUGUAGAGGAUCUGGGAUAGCUGGAGAUUUGGGAAUGUUGAGAGGGGAAAAGACACCAGUAGCAGAGUCUGGCGAGUCUCUGUUGUGCUCCGGAGCUGAACUGAAGGAAGUCUAAGAUAAGACGCGGGACUCUGUUAAACUCAGGCCUUUCCAUUGGGAUUUCAUCUGAAGGGAUAGGGGAGGAGAGAAAAAAAAGGAACAAUACGAACCUUUGUGAUGUUAUUUCCCUCUUGGUUGAAUUAGCGUAGCUUCUCUGACACCGUGUUGGAUGGAGUGUUGGAUAGUUUUACCCACAGUGUGACACUGACCUCAUGAAGAGAGCAUUUAUUUAUCUUUAUGUUUAUGCCUGUAAGGUUUGGGUUUGAUUACUGGAGGCCCCCACGCCGUCUCGCAAUCCAUAACUCGCACAAACAACAGUGAAGUGUUGGUUUGGCCAUGAAGUUUACGUAACCUCUGUCACAAUAGAGGAUCUUUAGCUCAGAGCUGCUUACUAAAACCACAUAACAACACCGGCCAAAUGGAACAAAGGUCAAGAACACAAAAAAAAACAAAGAAAUACAGAAAAUCAACCCUCAACUUUGCUGCUAAUUAUCCCGUAAAUCUAAAAAAAACAGCAUAACAAAAUCGCCCUAUGCUAAUUCAACAUCAGAAAACAUCUCUUCCCCCCCCUCCCCCCCCCCCCCCGUUUGGUUUGUUUGUUUCAUUUUAAUAAAACUGUGAGGAUUGAGCUGUUUGCAAUAUGCUUUUCUGCUUUGUCAUGUGAAGAAAAGGUGAUGAUUUUAGCCAAAAUUGACAUCUCGUCGGAGAUUUUAGCGACGACUUGAAAAGCCCGAGGAUGUGUGCGUCCAGCCAGCACUGUACUGAAGGAGUCUAGCGAAUAUCAAAUUAGAAUAAAUGCGUGAUAUAUGUGAUAUAUUUUUGUAUAUAAAAAAAAAAGUUUUUCAGUUGUUUUCUUUUUCUUUUCGCGAUAGCUAUAGUUUGAAAUGUAAACAUUUAAAUGUCUUAAGGCAGCUUCUCAGUACAGAAGAUAGAUUUCCUGUGUGUUGUCAAUAUCUCAUCCGCUAAACAUGACAAACAUGGAUUUGGAUACAAAAAGGGGAUCCUGUAAAAUAUCCUAUAAAUAAUGUAUUUAUCCCUUGUAUUUGUACAUUGCCUCUCACCCCCCGUUUAGUUGUGUUGUGUAAGUUUAAUACAGUAAGUGAACAUAUUUCACGUUUGUGUUUUGUUUCAUUAUUUACUGUUGUCUCUCACUAUUUAAAUGUGACUUUUUUAUCUUUUUUUUGUUUUGUAUGUUGAUUGGUAUACCAUGCUUUAAUUUGUUGAUUCAAAAAACAUGCCAUUGUCUAUUUUUGUAUUAUUUGUAAGUUAAUAAAACAGUUUUUUUUUCCUUAUGAAAAUGUUUAUUGUAUGGCAAAAAAAGUAGCAUCUUAUUCAGAGUAUUUGGUUGAAGUAGAUUUUUUAAGAAUAUAUACACACAUUAAUAUAUACUGUAAAUCUAUAUCUUUUUGUUUGAGGCUUUCAGAUUGAUACUGUUCUUGAACUGAUAAUAUGCAUGGGUUCUUCUCUUGAGUGACACUUUCUUUUUUUGUGUGUGUGUGUGUGGAAACCAAGAGAACUAAGAAAUUGCUCUGUGUUGUUUCUUUCUUUUGAGUUCCUCUUUUUCCCCCCUCUGUUCUUUCUUUUCCUAUGUUAUUUAUGCCUGCUUACAUACUGUAUCUAUAUACUCUUUCUUUUUGUUUCUGUCACUGUAAUCUUUACCAGCAGUCUAGAUGCCUUAACAAUGCAAACCCAUUCUUCAUUCAAUCACGUGUACAGUUUUUCUACCCUCACCACAAUUGUCUAUUGCCACAGAGGAAUUCAUGGGAACUUGGGGACAAAGCACAAACCCGCUGUGUUUGGUGGUGAAGCCAGACUAGAAUACAAAGAGCCAUAAUUCAACAAUCACACACACCCCGAUGUACUAUAAUACUACAGCAAUGGCACGCUUUGAAGGACGCUGAGAGGUCUGUCCCAGCUGUGCUCAUUGCACUUUAGUAUUCACAGAAACUCUUUUAUUUUGUAGCGAUUAUGUAGCUUUUUUUCCGAUUAAUGACAUAAGUUCAAGCAUGUUGGUGAUAUUUCUCAUUAACACAACAGUAUGAGCUGUUUUAAUUGUAGUACAAAGGGGCGCACAGUGAAGACGAGCACCGUCACAGCACAAUUUUCGGUCUGACUCCGGUAUCUGAUCCCCAUGCAGUCCUCCUCUCCGUGUAUCAGCCUUUUGGACAUUACAGCUUCAUUACAAGCUAAACAGAACAAGCGAGGAAGCAUGAAAAGGGAGCUCCAAUUGGCCUCUCAGCCAUUUCUGUAGUCUUUUCUUUGUGUCUGCCGUGUGUCUUCAAGCUGUUGCUGGACAGAGAAUAGGGCUUUUCUCUCUGCUUUUCUUUUCUAGAGCCUGGUUUUGUUAAGUGGCUAGAAAGGAGCGUUUUAACGGAGGCGCCUGCUGACAGACGAGUGUUUUUCAGGCACUUGUGUGUGUGCGCGCCGAUCGGGGGGCCGGGGCGGGGAGGGGGGGGGGCCGCGCCAUAUCUGUUUCAAAUGAACUACAGAGGUCUGUUGUCAUACAAUGGCUUCUUUGUACGCAAAGUUCCAUCCUGAUUAUGAAUAUUGGUAAUGGGUGACAAAGUUUUGUAUUUAGGUAACAAACAAACAAAAAAGAUGCAAACCAAAUAGCUGGUGUCUAUUUUUCCCUCUGUUUUGUCUCUGACUGCAAAUACACUGAACAGCUCUAUGAUAUAAGGGAAGAAAAAAAAUUCUACUGUAUAGAUUGUUAUUGUUUUUGAUGAAAAUUGAGCUGUAAGAUAACUUUUGGACUCUCACAAUGUUGAAUUAAAGUUACCUCUUGUCUGUGA